AAUGAGCGGUGGCAAGCUGUCGUCGAUAAGGAUAAGACAUUUGACGGAGCAUUCGUUUACGCAGUAAAGACUACGGGUAUCUUUUGCCGACCCGUCUGCAAGGCAAGACUGGCAAGGCGCUCAAACGUAGACUUCUACGACUCGGCCUCAAACGCGGUAGAAGCUGGCUUUCGCGCAUGCAAGCGCUGCCAGCCACAGCUUGCGGCCUUCGAUCCAACCGCCGGCAGCAUUGCGAAGGUCUGUUCGAUACUGCAAUCUUUACCGCCGGACAGUCCUUCGCCGAGGCUAGAGAGUCUCGCGAAGCAGGCCGGGUUGACCAAACACCAUUUCCACCGGCUUUUCAAGCGAGAAACCGGACUGACUCCACGAGAGUACGCACUCUCCUGUAGG